AUUCCUUUUUUUCUUUCUUGUUCAGCGGGACUUCUUGCUGACAAAUAUCCCCUCUGUCAAACUAUUACACAUGCAAUUAAGCAACUCGUAAGAGAUUAAGCUAAAUCACCUUCAUCUUCUAUAUAAAAAGAGGCCUCGAGGAGCACCAAAAGCCAUCCUUAUAUUUAUACUCUCUCUCUCUCUCUCUCUCUCUCUCUCUCUCUCUCUCUCUUUCUCUCUCUCUCUCUCGCGAUCGAGACAUGGCUCCGGCGGAAACUCCAUUUAAAAGGUUAGAAGGCAAGGUCGCGAUCAUCACUGGCGGCGCGAGCGGGAUAGGUGCGAGCGCAGCGAGCCUCUUCCACCAGCACGGCGCGUGGGUCGUAAUCGCCGACAUCCAGGACGAGCCGGGCCAGGCCCUGGCCGCGAAGCUGGGCCAGCGGGCAUCCUAUGCCCGCUGCGACGUUUCCAUCGAGGCAGACGUGCGCGACCUCGUGGACGCCACCGUGGCCAAGCAUGGCUGGCUUGACGUCAUGUACAACAAUGCGGGGGUCCUCGACCGCAACUUCGGGGGCAUCAUCGACACGUCCCUCACCGACCUCGACCGCGUCCUCCGCGUCAACCUCUAUGGGGCUUUCCAUGGGGCGAAGCACGCGGCGCGGGUCAUGGUACCGCAGCGCCGGGGCUGCAUCCUGUUCACGGGGAGCAACUGCACGGCGAUUGCGGGGGUGGCGACGCACACGUACGCCGCGUCGAAGCAAGCGGUGGUGGGGCUGGCCCGGGGGCUGGCGGCAGAGCUUGGGGAGCACGGGAUAAGGGUGAACUGCGUGUCGCCUCACGCGGUAUCGAGGACCGGGAUGUCAGGGCUGGGGAAGCUGAGUGAGGACGAGUUGGCGAGGGUGGACGACGGGAUGAGGGUGAUAGGCAACCUGAAGGGGCGGGUGCUGGCGCCGGAGAGCGUGGCGAGGGCGGCGCUGUACCUGGCCAGCGACGAGGCGGACUACGUGAGCGGGCUCAACAUGGUGGUGGAUGGCGGCUACAGCGUGGUCAACCCCUCUAUGAUGAUGGCUCUCGCUGCGAGCCGUUCAGUUGGGAAGGUUGGUUUGAACGUGUGAGUUGCGCACGCGCGGUCGCCGGGGAAAGAGAUUGUGGCCGUCGGAUGUGGACUGAAUAAGGAGGGAUCUUGCCAUCGUGCGCCCUUGGAUUUGUGUUUGUCUAUCAUCUUUCUGGUUUGUAUGCAUUCUUGAAACCCUAGCUACCACUAGCUUCCCUUCCUCAAAUUUCACGACAUAUGUUUUCAACCACUUUUAAGUGGAAUAUUUAUACUAUUAAUACAAUAAGGCUACUAUUAA